AUGUUUUUAAUAAACAUAAUUUCAGGCCUGACCAAAGAUGGCAGUAAUGAAAAUAUUGAUUCCCUUGAGGAAGUCCUUAAUAUUUUAGCAGAGGAAAGUUCAGAUUGGUUUUAUGGUUUCCUCUCAUUUCUGUAUGAUAUAAUGACUCCUUUUGAAAUGCUAGAAGAAGAAGAAGAAGAAAGCGAAACCACAGAUGGUGUUGAUGAAACGUCUUUUCCUUUGAAAAACCUGAAAGUUAAAGAACUCAAUAAAGAAGAGCUCAAGAAAGUAAAAGAGAAACCUGAUGCAAGGAAGGAAAGUAAGAAUGAAGAGAGGAAAAAGGGGAAGAGAGAAAAAGACGAUAACCGGAAGGAUAAGAGAAUUGUUGAUUCAGAUAUAUCCAAGAAAGAAUCCCCUAAGGGUAAAAAGGACAAAGAGAAGGAAAAAGUGGGUCUGGAUAAAGGCACUAAAACCAAGGAAAAUAGGAAAAAGCCAACAAAUAUUAAGGACAUUUCUAGUAAAAUGGCAUCUGGAGACAACGAUGACAGAAAGGAAAGUAGAAGUUCUACGAAACAACCACACUUAGCAAAGGGAAAUAACCAGAAGAGAAAGAACUAAAGCUUUUAGCAUCAUCAUCCCAGGAAAUGGUAAUAUUCUUUAUCAUGACUUACUACAAAAGGACAUCGAAAAUUAAGUAUUGCUCUGGUUGGAGAAGAUGUGUCAAUUAGCCACUCAUGUAUUUAUUGGUGCUCAGCAAGGAUAUCACUUGAAACUUAAAUUGUCUCUUGUUUCUAAGUUAAAAACGAGGCUUUAAAAAAUGUAAUGAAAAUGUGAUGAAAUAAUUUCUAUAUUAAUUUGUUGAUUGUGUACCCAGAUACAUGUAUUUGUAUAAUACAAAUUGUAAUGAAUAUUACAUUAAUUCUUAAUAUAUUUUCAGUAGAGUUAAAUAAGAAUCUGAAGAUUUUAAAUAUUAUUUAUAUGCACCGUGACCCACAACUUUCAGGUAUGAUACUAAGGACCUCUGUUGGCUCUUGGUUUUCUUUCCACCUCUUUUUUAGCAACCUUGUUUAACCUGCCCUAUUUUGUCACCACAUCCUCUCCCCUUCCCCAGCAUCUGUUGUCCCCUCCUCUUUUCCCUGACCCCACUUUUGCCUGCAUUCACCCCUCCUUGGUCUACUUCCUGCUCCUCAUGUCAGGGCCGGACCACUUCCUCAGUCUCUUCUCAUCUCUUCUGGAAUUUCUCCUCACAGCCUUUUACUAUCUUCUGUCCUUGCUUCCUCACUCUCCAUGCCUCCUCACCCCUUUCCCUUACUUACCACGUCUUCCCCAUUUCUCUCAUCCAGUAAGUACAUAACAUUACUGUGCGCCAGACAUAAUGUUCUGAGGACUCUGGGUAAUAGUCAUGAAUAAAAUAAUUUUAUUUAUAACAAUUUUAGAGCACUUUUAUUUAUGACCUAUUUAUGGACUGAGAAGUUUUAAAAAGAUUUUAUUAAAGCUAGUACCUACUUUCAUUUUGUAUUGCAUAGUUUUCAGUU